CGAAUGAACUAACGAAGGACCGAGCCACUACCGGAGCUACCGGGAGGCAGUAGCGUUACACAGCGAGUCCCCGCCGCCCGCCCCGGAGGAGCCAAACGGAAGAAGAAGAAGAAGAAGAAGAAGGUCCAGCGUGAGCCGCCGCGAGAACCGAACGAUGCCAGCGCUGCUCACCGCCAGCCAGUAACACAAACUACCGACGAGCGGAGAAGAAGAGAACCGUUACCGUGAUUUACCGACAGAAAAACAAGAGUAGACGCGGAGGACGGACCAGCACCGAGACCACGCUUGAGAAACAAACUGCUACAGGCUGCGGAGGCUACAUCCUGUUGUUUUGCCUUUUUGUUUUUCUUGCGCCGUGGAUCAGACCGAGCGGAUCCUUGAUUUAAAUGCUUUAACGGUGCCGUGUCCCCGGCUUGAGAGCGAGACAGAGGGAGCUGCCCAGACGGCGAAAGAAAGAGACUGAGGGAUCACAGAGGGAUCGAAGGCAUAUCCCAGAAAAGGAGGAAAUAAACCCAGAUAGUCAGGGGGGGCAAAGGAUUUGCAGCAAGCUCUGUUUUCACGCACAAGUUUCAUUGAAUCCAUCUUUUUAUUGCUGUUAUUUUUUUUUUUCUUCCGUGGACCCCGGUACCGGUAACACUAUCAAGCUGUGUUCUCUAACCAUGGGAUGUACUCUGAGCGCAGAGGAGAGGGCGGCUCUGGACCGGAGCAAAGCCAUCGAGAAAAACCUCAAGGAGGACGGUCUCACCGCGGCCAAAGAUGUUAAACUGCUGCUGCUCGGGGCUGGAGAGUCAGGGAAAAGCACCAUCGUCAAACAGAUGAAGAUCAUCCACGAGGACGGCUUCUCUGGCGAUGACGUAAAGCAGUACAAGCCUGUCGUUUACAGCAACACCAUCCAAUCUCUGGCUGCCAUCGUCCGUGCCAUGGAUACACUGGGCCUGGAGUAUGGAGACAAAGAACGCAAGGCGGAUGCUAAGAUGGUGUGUGAUGUCGUCAGUCGCAUGGAAGACACGGAGCCUUACUCCGCCGAGCUGCUCUCCGCCAUGAUGCGUCUGUGGUCCGACUCUGGCAUCCAGGAGUGCUUCAGCCGUGCCCGAGAGUACCAGCUCAACGAUUCAGCGCAGUACUACCUAGACAGCCUAGAUCGGAUUGGUGCAGCAGACUACCAGCCGACAGAGCAGGACAUCCUGAGGACCCGAGUGAAGACCACAGGCAUCGUCGAGACACACUUUACCUUCAAAAACCUUCACUUCAGGCUGUUUGAUGUGGGAGGUCAGAGGUCGGAGAGGAAGAAGUGGAUCCACUGUUUUGAGGAUGUCACAGCCAUCAUUUUCUGCGUGGCGCUCAGCGGAUACGACCAGGUGCUGCAUGAGGACGAGACCACGAACCGCAUGCAUGAGUCUCUGAAGCUCUUUGAUUCCAUCUGUAACAACAAGUGGUUUAAGGACACCUCCAUCAUCCUCUUCCUGAACAAGAAGGACCUCUUUGAAAGCAAGAUCAUCAAGUCACCACUGUCCAUCUGCUUCCCUGAAUACACUGGUCCAGACACUUACCUGGAGGGAAUAGCCUACAUUAAGUCUCAGUACGAGAGCAAGAACAAGUCGUCCAACAAAGAGGUCUACUCCCACGUGACCUGCGCCACAGACACCAACAACAUUCAGUUUGUGUUUGAUGCCGUCACUGAUGUCAUCAUAUCAAAUAACCUGCGAGGCUGUGGCCUUUACUGAUGAUGCCGUUAAAUGUUAGCCAGUGGACGAGGGGUGUUUGACUUGUAUUUACCCAUGUAGCUAACACAUGGGUAAAUACAUGUGGUACAUGUGUGGUUUAUACCGCAGAGGUUGUGUGGCCCAUGACAGUGAUGUCAUCACGUGACAGCCAGUCAAAUUUGGGGUAUGGGUUGUGUCCAUGAUGCCAUCAUACCGCUUACCAUAACGCACCAUAACACUGACCACUGGUCCAACUUGACUCUUAAUUAAUGGAUUGAAUGGUUGGUUGAGACUUCUUUUAAUCUAUUUGUCUUUUUUAAUUCCUUCUGUCUGUUCCUAAAGGAGAAGCAGCGGCACUUUACAGUAACACUGUAAUUUAUGUGUUUAAUUUUACCUAAAUUCCAAAUCUGUAUCUGUGUGCUUCAGAAAUCUUGCACAGUAACAGCAGUUAACUCCUCAGGGACACAAGGUUCCUGAGACUUAUUUGAACAUAUAGCAGUGCCUUAAUAGAACUAGACUGAAUGCAGUUCAAGUGCACCACUCUUAGAGAUCCAGGAGCAGUCCUCAAAUAUGAUAUAGUGGGAAUCGCUCUUCUAACAGAAAUAUUUCUAAUUAUUUGAAUUUCAAUUUGAGUUCUCUCACUCUUAAAUGCCAUAGAUGUUUGCCAUAGUCACAUUAAGGGCUGAUGUGAAACAGCUUUACAUUAUGACAUUCGGUCCUAAUCAUUGUUCAGUUCAGUUCAGAAAGAUGUUCUACACACUUCAUUAUGUGUGUGAGACAUUAAACCGUGACAAGUCCGCAUCAAGCCUACCAGGAACAGAUUCAAAAACUGCAUGUCUUGGUCAGCCCUGACGCCCCAGUGGGUGAAGAGCAUACUAUAGAACCACAACGUCCCCAUUUUGAUUCAAGCUCUCUCUCUCUCUCUCUCUCUCUCUCUCUCUCUCUCUCUCUCUCUCUCUCUCUCUCUCUCUCUCUCUCUCUCUCUCUCUCUCUCUCUCUCUGUUUUUGCUCACGCCAUGUUGGGGCAUUUGUUUUGUUCACUAAUGAAGAUCCUGCUCUGAUGUAUGUGGUACGCUGUAUGGCACCAUAGUGUCAGACUGUUGCACUUAGUCAUGCUUUUUAAACUAUGGAGCUUCAAAUGGCUGAUCUUAAAUAGAUAUACUGCUGGUAAAAGUUUUAGAAGAGCUCAGUUUCUCCAGUUUUUAUUGAAAUUUCAGAAGUUUAAGUCCAGUGUACAAUCUUGAAGGAUACAAAGGUCAGCAGUACACUUGGCAACGUUGGAACAAACUGUGUUACACCCUCUGAUAAUUUAUUAGGACAAUACUGUACUGUAGGAAGUAGUUCUGUCUGUUACUAUCAGAACAGUGAGAAAAAGGAAAGUAAGAGGAAGGAAAAGGAAAGGAAGUCAAGAGAUGAAAUUUAGAAUUCAAGAUUCCAUGAUUCCCCUUUUUCAAAAAAAGAACACACCUUAAUUAUUUAUUUGUUUUGUACUUUAAUAUCAAACUACACACUGUGUAAUUUUCAGCAAUAACUGGAGGUGGAAAAAUGGAGGUGAUUUAAAACUUUUGACUGGUAUUGUAAGUAAAUGCAUACAUUAACACAAAAAGACAUUAUGAACUGAAUCAUAAUAGAUAAAUACAUAAAAAAAAACUGAUGAACUAAUCAUUGUGAAGUUAUUAAAUAAAUUAUUAUUACCUGAUGAGUGAGGUUGGGGGAAGAAUAAGUGUAGCACUAUUAUGAUAUGUAACAUUAUAAAGUUUAACUUAGAUAAAAUCCCCUUAAUAUUUCCCGGAAAUAAAAAGAAACUUUUGAAAAGUACAUUUUGAAAUUGCUAUAGUAAAAUAAGAAUGAACCAUAACAAAGUAUUUUUACACUUUAUUUUUGUCAAAAUUUGUUAAUAUGAUUAUUAAGUUCAUAAUACCUUUGUAUCAUAUAUGCUAUAUUUAUUUAUUUAAUAUUGGUCUGUGUGGAGUUCCAUAGUAAAACGGUGUGCUGCCUUUGUGAACACUGGAAUCAGGAAAUGGGACUAAUUAAUAACACCCUGUCCAUGGCCUCAAAGAAACAUGGAGAAUCAAAACAGCCUCUCAUCAGCUUCAAUAUAGCAAAGCUUGGCUCACUGAAAACCUGAGGGAGCAGAGGGAGAGUCAGGCAGAGUGAACUGCCCAGAAUAUUGAAUGUAGCGAGACCAAAAAAAUCCCAGUUAUGUUUAAUUUUUCUGCAAUCACAUUUUUGCAUUUUGAAUUGAUGGCACUUGGGUAGACCACCUCACCUGUAGUAUACCACCUGUAGUAUGAAAAAAAAAAGGGGCAGCAUGGUGGUGCAGUGGUUA